GCAAAACAAAAAAAACGAAGCGCUCGAGUCGCAUCUACGUACAUCAAGUGUUUCAUGGCGUUGAGUCGGCCAAGUUAACCUUUAAAGCUGAAUUGUAUAUAUUUAAAUUAGGAAAAUAUUAAACACAUGCAGGUAUUACGUUGUUAAUUGCACGAAAUGCAUAUUAAAUGACAUAUAAACAUUGCUCGAGCGGCCCUAACCACGAUCAAUUGCUUGUGACCUUGCGAGUACCAAGGCCGUAAGAAAACGGACGAAAGAAAGUUCGUGUCCUCUAGGGCGUUGGGUGCACAUACAUAAGUAACGGGGGAGAGAAAGAGAUUACGCGUCGAGGGACCUCAGGAGAGUCAAGGCAGAAAGAGAGGACCGCGGAGAGGAGUUGAAACUGUUGAAAGGAGGGAAUUUAUGUAAAUGCACGAGCUUAUGUUCACCAGACAGAGGUUGUAAGUACAACAACAUAGCGAGAUCAUCCAUCGACACAUCUGCAGUCAUGGCGGAUGUUAGGCUGUACGACUCGACAAUUUGCCGUUUGUGCGCGGAGGACAACGACAACGGUGAAAUGUUAUUUACCGAUGAUUCCGAGGAGACGGAGCUGAGUGCGAUGGUCAAUCGUUAUCUGCCGCUCAAGAUUCAUGAUGAUGGAAAACUACCUAGAACUAUUUGUCCUGGAUGUAACAUUCAAUUGGAAGCUACUGUUGAAUUUUUUCAGUUGCUCAUCAACGGACAGCAAAAAAUUAGACAACUGUGGAAAGAACAACUUAAACUAGAACGUCAAACGGAAAAAAUGUAUUUAGAGCACAAAAGUAUUGAUAUCCCCCUAUUCAAUGAUACGGAAUUAAUCAAAGAAAAUUUCGUAAUUGGGGCAAAUGAUCAACAACUUGUAUUUAAUAUUAUUCCUGAAGCAUCGGUUUAUGGUGCUAAACAUGAUUUGAGUCUCCAAAUGGAAGGAUUACACAAAUCAAAAAAGAAGAGAGGUCGACCACCAAAAUGUUUUUCAGAAGAUGUUGAAAAAGAUAUUAGAAAUGAAAAAACGAGUCAGGAAGAGUAUAAACGGGAUGAAGAAGAAUUAGAUGGCGACAAAAGAGGAAGAAGAAAAAUAAAAGUUCCUAAAAGGUAUAUGGAAACAAUACAAGGUAAAGAAUUGGAAAAAGUAUUAAAAGAAGAAGGUGUUUUCGACGAAAAAACUCGUCUAAAAUGUGAACCUUUUGGAAAUCUCGACAAUUUUCAAGCUGAUAGUUUCAACAGUGAUACAGAUGUAAUUGGACAUUUGAUAACUCCAAACGGAAAAAAUUUAAAUGAACCUGUUACCAAUAAAAACCGUAAUCGGGUAAAUCAGCAAAAAUCAAAAACAUCGAAGAAAAGACACAAGUUUACGUGCUCUUUUUGUGGGAAAGACUUUUUGCAGCGUAGUAAAUAUAUUAUUCAUAAAAGCCUCCACAAAGCCAUUAUAUUUGAAUGCUUUGAUUGUCAAAACCAAUUUUCCAACAAAGAAGACUUACUCUUACAUCAAAAAGCAACAGGUCACAAUGGAGAAAAACUAGUUGAAGAAAAUGAAACACCACAAAAUUCUCAAUGUGAUCUAAUUAAAGAGUCCAAUGCUGUAGAAUCAGAAAAUAACAUUGCUGUGAUUACUAUGGACUGCCCAACUGAUAAUCCUAGUUUUUUAUUCAUAAAAGAAGAUCACGAAUUAAAUGAUAUUGACACUGAACAGCAAAAUACUGAGUAUGAAUCGAUAGAAGAAUUGAAUAGUAAAACUGAUGUAUUCAGGUGUGAUAAAUGUAAUAAGCAUUUUGAUACCAAAAAUAAUCUAGAUACACAUGUCAAGGUAGUACAUCAAGGAGAAAAACCUUAUGUAUGUGAAUUGUGUAAUAAAGCCUUUGCUUAUCAGACAAGCUUGCAAGGACACAUAGAAAUAGAACAUUCGGUUAAUUCCGACAAGGGCUUUCCUUGUGACAUAUGUGGAAAAAUUUUGAAUCAUCCAAGUUCUAUAACGUAUCACAAGUUGACGGAGCAUAAUGAUGGACGUUUGUACGAAUGUAAUAAGUGUACAAAACGAUUCAAGCACAAGCAGCUUUUGCAAAGGCAUCAAAUUGUUCACUCAGAAGAUAGACCGUACCCAUGUGGGUCUUGUACUGCUUCUUUCAAAACAAAAGCAAAUUUAUUAAAUCAUCAAUCUACCCACACCGGAGAAAAAAAACAUUGCUGUGAACUGUGCAAUAUGAAAUUUGCUCACAAAACUAGUCUUACCUUGCAUUAUAGGACGCAUACUGGCCAAAAACCGUAUAAAUGUGAAGUAUGCACAAAAAGUUUUUCACAAAACGGUAAUUUGCAAGAGCACAUGCGAAUUCAUACUGGAGAAAAGCCGUAUUGCUGUGAUCACUGCGGACGUAAAUUUACAACGUCUUCGCAAUUUAAAUUGCAUGUAAAGCGACACACUGGCGAACGCCCAUGGAAAUGUGAUUACUGUCCAAAAUCAUUUUUGCACAAAGAUACGUGGAAGUGUCACGUGCGUCGACACACUGGUGAACGUCCUUUCGAAUGUGAACAUUGUCAACGAAAAUUCACUGAACAGUGGGCAUUAAAAAAACACUUGCGCUUACAUACAGGAGAAAAACCAUAUAGAUGUGAAUUUUGUGGAAAAGCAUUCGCCGAUUGCUCAAAUUUAACGAAACAUAAAAAGGUUCAUAAAAAUCAGCAAACAAGAGAACCCAAUGAAACAGUGAAUUCAGCUGGCACGGAAAAUAAUUUAUGGCCUAUUUCACGAGAUUCUAUAGAAGAAAAUAUGAUAAAUGUAUCACCAGAACACGAGAUUUCCGAAGGCGAUACGUCGCGAAAUAUUUAUCUCACCUAUCCAAAUCCAAGUAAUCCUACUGAAUCAGUAACAUUAAAAAUUAGCAAAGAUAAUUUAAUAGCCGAUGAAUCGUCAAGUUCAGACGAAAUGGAAAACGAUAAUGUAGAUGGUACUGAUGACAAUAAUUUUCAACUUUCGAUAUUGGAUACUGAUGGCAAUCCAAUACGAUUAUCAGUAGAACAAGCGCGGCAGUUACUAUCUGAUGGACAUUUUCUCAAUCAAACAAGCAACGACACCAACCAAGCUCAAAUUUUAUCCGCAGUGUUGCAAAAUAACAUAAAAGUUGAUAAUUCAUCAGAUACUGACCAAGAUGGUGCUAUUCCAAAAGUACAAAUAGGGUCAGCACUUCAAAGCGAUGCUGAAGCCAUAGUUAAAAUGUUACAGAAUGAAACUACUGAUGCUACAACUGCAUCAAUUAAUCAAAUAAACACUGAGGAACAGGUGGAAUUGUCUGAUCAGCAAGUUUUCCAAUUAAUCAUUCCUGACGGUCAAAAAUUACAACUUUUAAAAGUAGAUCCUUUACAGCUAUCUUCAGGAUUAUUGACUAUUGUAUAAAUAUAAAAGAUUUAUACUUAAGACUUGUGACACUUAAAUGUUUUUCAAACGUUGUUU